AAGCCUCAAAGUCAUUACAACCAUGGAUAUAGUGAAUCUCUUGGACGGAAAAGUCACAUUGAUGAUUACAGCACUUGGGACAUUGUCAAAGCCACACAGUACGGAAUAUAUGAACGAUGUAGAGAAUUGGUGGAAGCAGGUUAUGAUGUACGACAACCAGAUAAAGAAAAUGUAACACUUCUCCACUGGGCUGCAAUCAACAACAGGAUAGAUCUGGUGAAAUACUAUAUAUCAAAAGGUGCUAUCGUUGAUCAGCUUGGAGGAGAUUUAAAUUCUACCCCACUUCACUGGGCAACAAGACAGGGUCACUUAUCCAUGGUUGUACAGCUGAUGAAAUAUGGGGCAGAUCCGUCGCUAAUUGAUGGAGAAGGAUGUAGCUGUAUUCAUUUGGCUGCCCAGUUUGGACAUACUUCGAUUGUUGCUUACCUGAUAGCAAAGGGACAGGAUGUAGAUAUGAUGGAUCAAAAUGGAAUGACACCUUUAAUGUGGGCAGCUUACAGAACACAUAGUGUGGAUCCAACCCGAUUACUACUUACAUUUAAUGUUUCUGUUAAUCUCGGAGACAAAUAUCACAAAAACACAGCAUUGCACUGGGCUGUGCUAGCAGGAAAUACUACAGUUAUUAGUCUUCUGUUAGAAGCUGGAGCUAAUGUUGAUGCUCAAAAUAUAAAGGGAGAAUCACCACUUGAUCUAGCAAAACAGAGGAAAAACGUUUGGAUGAUCAAUCACCUACAGGAAGCAAGACAGGCAAAGGGAUAUGACAGUCCAUCCUUUCUGAGAAAACUAAAAGCUGAUAAGGAAUUCCGUCAGAAGGUGAUGCUGGGAACUCCUUUCCUAGUUAUUUGGCUGGUUGGGUUUAUAGCAGACCUAGACAUUGAUUCUUGGCUCAUUAAAGGGCUGAUGUAUGGUGGCGUUUGGGCUAUGGUGCAGUUUCUUUCAAAGUCAUUCUUUGAUCACUCCAUGCACAGUGCAUUGCCUCUUGGGAUAUACUUAGCAACAAAAUUCUGGAUGUACGUGACGUGGUUCUUCUGGUUUUGGAAUGAUCUCAAUUUUUUCUUUAUACAUCUUCCAUUCCUCGCUAAUAGCGUUGCACUUUUCUACAAUUUUGGAAAAUCCUGGAAGUCUGAUCCGGGAAUCAUCAAAGCCACAGAAGAACAAAAGAAAAAGACAAUAGUAGAACUUGCAGAGACGGGAAGUCUGGACCUCAGUAUAUUCUGCAGUACCUGUUUGAUACGGAAGCCAGUGAGGUCCAAACACUGUGGUGUAUGCAAUCGAUGUAUAGCAAAGUUUGAUCACCACUGCCCGUGGGUGGGUAACUGUGUAGGAGCAGGGAACCAUCGCUAUUUUAUGGGAUACCUGUUCUUCUUGCUUUUUAUGAUCUGCUGGAUGAUUUAUGGAUGUAUCUCUUACUGGGGUUUCCACUGUGAGACAAGUUACGCAAAGGAUGGAUUUUGGACCUAUAUUACACAGAUUGCUACCUGUUCUCCGUGGAUGUUUUGGAUGUUUCUAAACAGUGUUUUUCACUUCAUGUGGGUGGCUGUGUUACUCAUGUGUCAGAUGUAUCAGAUAUCUUGCUUAGGUAUCACUACAAAUGAAAGAAUGAAUGCCAGAAGAUACAAGCACUUUAAAGUUACAACCACAUCUAUUGAAAGCCCAUUCAACCAUGGAUGUAUAAGGAACGUUAUAGACUUCUUUGAAUUCAGAUGCUGUGGUCUUUUUCGGCCUGUUAUCGUGGACUGGACGAGGCAGUAUACAAUAGAAUACGACCAAACUUCAGGAUCAGGCUACCAGCUAGUGUAGCACCACCUUCAUCCUGUGAGCAUAUCAUAUCUGAGUGGUGCCUGAAAAAUUUUCUCUCUCUCUCGAAUCCGCAUCCCUUGAAGAGUAGCAUGCUAUGUGUAGGGCUGAUGAUGAAUCUUAAGGUACCUUCUCUUCAUCAGAAUUUUAUUAACAGAAGUAAAAAUGGACAGAAUAAACUGCCAAACCUGAUAAGGAAGAGGAGGAAGAUCAAAAAGGGAUUUUAACAGUUCUUAACAUGAGGAUUACUCGCGACAGCGUAUUCACAGUAUUUAUUAUUGGCUUUUUUUGUUUAAGGUCUUUCACAAUGGAACAUGAGAUUAUUGAAGUAUUGACAAAAGUAGUUAACGUUGUGCUGAGCAGAAAAAUUGAUUUCCCAAUAUGAAUAAUUCCACUGAAACAAGAAUCUAGAAUAUAAAACUAAAUUUCAUGAUGCAGAGUUCACCAGUCACUAUGUUGUAGGUCCUGUGGUGUGAUUUUUUUAAAUACAGAUUUUCUGUAGUAUUAUGCACAUUGAAAAACGUGCUUUUCAAUGCUGUUGUAAACAUCAUGUGGUAGGAAUCCCCCGUAAUGUGUCAAGUUAUAGCAGUAGGGCACGUCAGAUAAUGUCAAGAACAAAUGUGUUGCCCACAUUUUGCGGUGAUUGUUUUUGCCACCAGUGAGUGGUACAACGAAAUACUUGUAAUAACCCUGCUCUGAGAUGAUGUAGUCUGAAAUCAACAAUUGUGCAAAUAAGGAAAGCUCUUCCAUCAAAGUUAAAGCCCUGCUUAAAUGCAUG